AUGGGAUCGUCCACUGGAGGAAGCGUUAAUGUCUAUACCAUGCGGCCACCUACAACAACAACUAAUAGUACCAACACCACCAUGAGCCCAUGCAUGUUCAGCCGAAUCCAACAUACUCAUUGGAUGUUAGUAGUAGCUGUUUUUCUUGCUAGCGUGGACACCUUUACAAAGGAUGUAAUUGUUCUGAUUGGCUAUACGGAGGAAGCAGUAAAGCUGGUAACGCCUAUACGAGAGGGAGCGUAUGAUCGAAUUGCUCCUCAUUCUGGGCUGACUAGGAAGCAUUCCAUAGCUGUUGGUGCUAAGGUUAUUGAUGCAGAUUGUCGUGGCCUAAUUGUUUUGACCCCCUUCAAUCAUGCUGAUCAGGACAUUUAG